AUGGAGCGCCUCUUCAGUAAAUUUGAUAUGAAUUGCGAUGGUAAAAUUUCUGUGUCUGAGCUUCAGCUUCUUAUGAGAGCAAUUGGAGAAGAGUUUAGCUGUGAGGAUAUGGAAACACUGCUUCAAUUUGCAGACUCUGAUGGUACUGCUCUGCUUGACAUCGAUGAUUUCAUGAGAUUAGUAGGAGUGGAAAAUAGUACAGAGGAAGAUUUGAUGGAGGCCUUCAAGUUGUAUGGAGUGGAUGGACAAGAUUGCAUUACAGCAAGGAGUCUUAAGAGGAUGCUUAGCAGUUUGGGUGCAUCAAGUGCAAUCGAAGAUUGUGAGACUAUGAUUUGCCAAUUUGAUCUUAAUGGAGAUGGUGUUCUUUGCUUUGAAGAGUUCAAAGCCAUGAUGUUACUCCGAGCUCCAAUUAUACAUGUUGAUAGAAACUUUGUUGCUGCUUCCAAAGCAGUUGGACAAACUGAUGCAUCACGUGGAAUGAGUUCGGAGAUAUUCCAUUGCAUGUUUGUAAAACCUCUUGAGGUGGUGCUGAUUGAAAGCUUCAUGCUGCUAGGUCCUACAUCAUCCCUUAUCAUCAUUGUCUUGUGCUUGAGGAUCGUUUGUGUAAGUUUCCUUGUACGCCUUGAUGCUGCUGCUGAGGUAGAGAGUAAACAUUCUCUGCUUUCAUCUCCAUUCUUACAUCUCUUUGAGUUCUGCAAAAACAAAAUCAUAGGCAUGGAUAUGACAUCCAUUUCCUUUGCAAAUGCACAGAAGGAUAUGGAACGUCUCUUCAAUCACUUUGAUACUAAUGGAGAUGGUAAAAUUUCCUCAUCUGAGCUUCAGCUUAUUAUGAGAACUAUUGGAGAAGAGCUCUGCUCUGAGGAAGCUGAGGCCAUGCUACGAUAUGUUGACUCAGAUGAUGAUGGUCUACUUGGCAUGGAAGACUUCAUUAGAUUGGUGGAGACAGAAAGUAGUGAAGAAGAAAAGAGUAAUAAGGAAGACCACAUAGUAAAGGAGGCUUUCAAGUUAUACGAGAUGGAUGGGAAGGGCUUCAUUACAGAUAGGAGUUUGAAAAGAAUGCUUAGUCACUUGGGUUCGUCGAGGCCAAUUGAACAGUGUCGUUCUAUGAUUGCUAGCUUUGAUUUGAAUAGAGAUGGUGUGAUUUGUAUUGAGGAGUUUAGAGCCAUGAUGAUGCUCUAA